AUGGGGCAACAUACGAAACUAACGACACUGAUCGGCUUAAUUUUUGUGAUCGCCAGCUUAUCACAGCAAAUAACACCAACAAAUGGAGCCAAUAUUUUGGGUAUUUUUACUAGCCACAGUCCAUCGCAUUUGAUUGUCCAUAUGUCGGUGAUGAAAGUGAUGGCCGAACGUGGCCAUAAUGUUACCGUGGUGCUGACACAAAAACCCAAAGUAACUCAUAAGGAUAUUAAUGUCAUUAUAAUACCACCAUCCGCGGAAAAUGAAGAGUCACUAAAUCGUGAAGUAUCCGGUAUGGCAUUGAAAAAGAAUAGCUUCAUCACCACCAUAUCAAAUAUAUUCGGUUCACUGGGUCUGCUCAUCGAUAUGCAAAAAGAUGCAUUGCAGGAUCCCCGCUUUACAGCACUCUAUGAUAAUCCACAAUAUGAUUUAGUUGUUAUUGGAUUCUUUUUCAAUACCUUCGAAUUGGGAGCGGCGGCAAAGUUUAAGGCACCAUUGGCCAUCAGUUGGUCAGGGCCUUCUAUGGCUAUGACAGAUGCUUUAAUUGGCAAUCCCUUGGAGAUUGCAUAUGUACCCAACAUUAAUAUGGCAGUAAAAGCGGGUGAAAAAAUGUCCCUGCUCCAGAGAAUACAAAAUGUAUUUAUGAAUGGUUUUAUGGAUAUUGUUAUGUCGGUAUUGAAUAUCAAAAUGGAAAGAUUUUAUAGUGAACUAUUUCCCAAUGAUGGUAACUUCCCCACCCUGAAGGAUAUGAUGAAAAAUGUUUCGUUGGUUUUGGUUAAUGGUCACUUCAGUGAAGGUCCCAUAAGGCCAAAUGUUCCAGCUUUGGUGGAGAUUGGUGGUAUACAAGUUAAGGAUGUACCUGAUCCAUUACCAAAGGACAUUGCUGAUUUCCUUGAUGGCGCCAAUGAACACGGUGCCAUACUCUUCAGUUUGGGUUCAAACCUUAAGGGUUCCAGCAUCAAACCUGAAACAGCAACCUACAUUUAUAAUGUCUUGUCAAAAUUGAAGCAAAAAGUCAUUUGGAAAUGGGAAGAUUUAGAAAAUACUCCUGGAAACUCACCAAAUAUCCUUUACAAGAAAUGGAUGCCGCAGGAUGACAUCUUGGCACAUCGUAAUAUGCGCCUUUUCAUAACGCAUGCCGGUAAAGGUGGUGUUGUUGAGGCCCAAUAUCAUGGUGUUCCAAUGUUGGCUUUGCCCGUUUUUGCCGACCAGCAUGGCAAUGCCCAGAAAGUCGUAAAAGCAGGUUAUGGUAGACAAUUAGAAUUACUAUCAUUGACCGAGGAAGCAUUAAGGGAGAAUGUCUUGGAAGUUUUAAAUAAUCCUGUGUAUAGUAAAAAUGUUAAAGAAUUCUCCCAACUCUAUCGUGAUCGUCCAUUGUCAGCGCGGGAAAAUGCAGCCUUUUGGCUGGAAUAUGUUAUACGUCAUCGUGGUGCUGCCCAUAUGCAAAGUCCUUUGGUCCAUAUGAAUUUCAUUGAAAGUAAUAAUUUAGAUGUGUUCGCCAUUCUAUUGGGUGUCGUUUAUGUUUUGUAUAGAAUCUUUCGAUUGGUAUUUUGUUUGAUGUUGCGCAAGAUUUUCAAGAAAAAAUCCUGUAAUGCUGCCAAAGAUAAAACAAAGAAAAAACGGGAACUAAUUCAACAGAAAUUACUUGCCCGGGGAAUACAAAUUUCGACCAUACCCGUGUUUUUCUAUAAUAAAUUUGUUGGAUAG